GGGUAUUAUACUGCUUACUUUAUAAUCGGGGUUUUAAGUUUGUUGUGUAUAGUCUUUAUAUACACAUUUUAUUAUAUUUGUGGUACUGCUUUAUCCUGUAUCAUCAUGAGUCGUGAAGAGGAAUCCGCUCGCGUCUAUGUUGGCAACCUUCCUGAGUCUUGCACUCAGAAGGACAUUGAAGAUGAGUUUGGUAAAUUCGGGAAGCUGAUAAGUUGUGAUUUGAAGAAGAAUGCGGGUGGUAGUACAUUUGCGUUUUUGGAAUACGAGGACGCUCGUGAUGCUCACGACGCCAUUAAGGACCGUGAUGGUAGUGAGUAUGAGGGUCGUCGUUUACGUGUAGAGACUCCGUUUAGUGCUAAGGAUGAUGGUCGUCCAGCUCGUCGUCGUGGUCCUGGCGCCCCUCGUCGCGGCCGUUAUAUAGUAGAGGUGUCUGGCUUGCCACCAACUGGUAGUUGGCAGGACUUGAAGGACCACAUGCGUGAGGCUGGUGAAUGUGCUCAUGCUGAUGUGUUCCGCGGUGGUGUUGGCGAGGUUUCAUUCUAUUCCCGCAGUGACAUGGAGUAUGCCAUUGACAAGUUUGAUGGCUCUACUUUCAAAUCUCAUGAGGGUGAGAAAUCUAAGAUUCGCGUUCGAGAGUUGCGUUCACACUACCGUAGUCGUAGCAGGAGUGGUUCCCAUCGUAGACACAGGCGUCACCACAUUAGGGACUACGACAGGAGUCGCCGGAGUCCAUACAGCCGUGGGCGCAGUACCGAUCGCAGCCGCGAGCGGGAACACAGACAUCGUUCGCGUUCUGGCUCAUAUGGUCGUCACCGACGAGAUUGAACCCCUUCCAAUUGUAAUAA